CUGUCAUUGUUUGAGGUUAGAAAGUUCAAAAUAUGGAGCCACCUAAAAAAGUCGUGAUUAUUCCAGCACCUCGACUCAAAACAUCGCACAAAAGUGCCGACCUUUCAGAAAAAAUUGAUUGCACAGUAGUACCAACCAACCACCAAAAUGACGGCAAUUCAUCGCCCCAUCAUCGAAACCCAGCGAUUCACGACCCCACAAACCAACCAAUUCGUGACGUUCUACAGGUGCUACUUUUGCCCCUACCGGACCCAGCUACGUUCAAGCAUAACCGACCACUUGGAUUUGCACAAAGCGCCCCCCAAAAAACUAUUUUCAUGUGAAGACACCCCUCUCCACACGUACAAGUGUCCUCGAUGUGACCUCCACAGCGUAAUGCUUUUUCUCGCCAUCGAACAUUUAAAACUCAAACACCUCGAAGUGGAAAUGCAACCGACAUUCCCCAAAAGCCACAAUUGUGUAUGGUGCAAGUGUGAAACUUUUUCCCAAAUUGUAUUAAACGAGCAUGCGGAACGACAUUUUAGGUCAGGGGAAGUGACAGUGAAAAAAGUGCGAAAGUACAGUAGAACGAAAAACCCACCCCAACAAGUCGAACAACGUGUAGUUGUACUAAUGCCCCUAAUGCAAGUACCUAACCUGAUUUUUAAGAACGUCGCACACGCAGAAAAGUUGCCGCUGCGUAAACUCGCGCCAAAAAUUCAAACCGUCACAGUACCCCGUGUAAAACCGGCUGCGCAGAAACCUGAAACACAGCAACAGAGCAUCAUUUUCCAGUGUAAACGGUGCUUUUACUCAGCCGUGAAUCAUUACGCCUUGAUCAAACAACAUCUAAUGAUACAACACUCACCAGACACUAAUAAGAAUCAGUGCGUUAUUUUUAGUUAUGACGUUUGUACAGUGGACGGGCGCCUAAUGAUGAGAAUGAACAUACACACGAUGGCUUCGUUCGUACGAUUUAAAUAUUUUAAAUGUGUGGUGUGUCCAUUUCAAACUGUAGAGUGGUCACAAAUAAAAAAACACGCUUUAAACGACGAUUUACACAGUUUCUGUGAGUACACAUGCGAACACACAGAAUACCUCUAGUACCUGAAUUGAAUUAAACGUUUUUGCAAAAAUA